ACAAGUCCCAGCAGGCAGCUCUAGCCAUGAUAUGAAGGUGUGAGAGAUGGUUAUUGAGGGUGUACACCCUAUUAUAUACUGUGUCUGUAUCCGCCACUCCCUGUACUGAGGGGUCUCCGUGGGGGAGGAGUUAGGGCUCCUCCAAUCACAAGGAUCUGCAGCAGUUAUGGCUCCAUGUGCGUCCUAUAAAUGCUUCCCCCCUUGGCUGUGAUUGGAGAAUGAUUUGGUGACACCAUCGGAUGUGGAGAUGACACCAACAGUACAACCAGAACUGUCACAUCAUCCGGAACCGGCCCAACCAAGAAUAAGGUAAUGAGGGGUGAAGCCAAUGUUGGGUGAUGAGGAGCAGCCAGUGUCUGGAAGCUACUAAGACUCCAUAAGAAGCUGAAAUGGAAAAUCAUCAGACCCUCAUGUCACCCAAUGGAUCCAGGAAGAGGAACCCACCAGAGAGAUGUCCUGAUGUGUGGAGGUGUGAGCGCCCCCUGGUGGACACGUCUCAGGGUACGGAUUCUUCACCUUCCACAAAGAGAAGUUCCAGCCCUUUUUAUUCUCGAGAUUGUCCUGAGGAAAAUCACCACAUUCCACCGGAUCUUCAGGCUGAAGAUUUGCUCGAUAUUAAAGUUCAGGUUACAAAUGAAGAUGAAGAUAAGACCUAUGUGAGGAGAGAUCAGCAGUGUAUGGAGGAGGAGGAGACGUUCACUGCCGAUGGAUCCAGGAAGAGGAACCCACCAGAGAGAUGUCCUGCUCCUCUGGAUUCCCAGGACCGUCCGGGGGGAGAUGACAAUGUUCUACAAGAUGAUCAGAGAAUAAAUGAGACAUUUCAGGUUUGUAUCAAAGAGGAAAUAAAGGAGGAGGAGGAGCAUCCGGGGACCAUCACUGAAGAUGGAAGGUCGGCUCCGGUCAAUACAGCUUUUGUCAUCAGCUGGAAGGAUAUUUUACAUCCUGAGAAGAAUGUAACCCCGGAUUAUCUGGGGGGUGACCUCACUGCCCAAACUACACCUGAAGGACAUGAAGGCAGAGAUCAUUUACCACAUCCUUGUACUUACAGCAGGAGCAGAACUCUUACUGCUGAAAAAUCAUUUACAAGGUCCACGUUUGGGACGGAUCCUAGAAGACAAUCCUUUAUGUGUUCCAGAUGUGGGAAAUGUUUCAAGCACAGGGUGUUUCUCUUCACACAUCAGAAAAUCCACAGAGGAAAGAAGACGUUCCAGUCUGAAUGUGGUAAAAGAUUAAAACCGUAUGCGCUUCAUCAGGGUCUUGUGACAAACAGGCAGUUUUCUUGUUCAGAAUGUGGAAAAUGUUUUGUCAAAAAGUCUAGCCUUGAUGAACACUGGAAAAUUCACACUGGACUGAGGCCCUUCUUAUGUGCAGAAUGUGGAAAAUGUUUUGCCUACAAAUCAUGUCUUAUCUCUCACUACAAAAUUCACACAGGGGAGAAGCCGUUUUUGUGUAUCGAAUGUGGGAAAUGUUUUGCCAAAAAUUCCAAUCUUGUUCGACAUCUUAAAAUCCACACCGGGGAGAAGCAGUUUCCUUGUUCUGAAUGUGGGAAAUGUUUUAGUGAAAAUUCAGCUCUUCUGAAACACCAGAAAAUUCACACAGGAGAUAGGCCCUUUUCCUGUUCGGAAUGUAAGAAAUGUUUUAUCACAAAAUCCACUCUUGCUCAACAUCAGAGAAUUCAUAGAGAGAGACCUUUCUCCUGUUCAGAAUGUGGGAAAUGUUUUCACAGCAAAUCAAACCUUGAGGAUCAUCUGAGAAUCCACACAGGGGAGAGGCCAUUCUUUUGUUCUGAAUGUGGAAAAUGUUUUGCCCACAAAUCAUAUCUCACUGACCAUCGAAGAAUUCACACAGGGGAUAAGCCGUAUUCAUGUUUGGAAUGUGGGAAAUGUUUUGCCUAUAAAUCGAGACUUGUUCAACAUCAAAGAAUUCAUACGGGAGAAAAGCCGUUUUCAUGUACAGAAUGUGAAAAAAGUUUUACUAGCAAGCUGAGCCUUGUUAUACACCAGAGAAAUCACACAGGAGAGAGACCGUAUUCAUGUGCCGCAUGUGGGAAAACUUUUACCAAGAAAUCAAAUCUUAGUAAACAUGAGAGAUUACACACAGAAGAAAGACACUUUCCUUGUUUGGAAUGUGGGAUAAGUUUUACAAAGAAAGCAGAUUUUAUGAAACAUUACAGAGUCCACAGAGAGAAGAAGCCAUUUCUGUGUUUGGAAUGUGGGAAAAGUUACAGCCGUAAAUCUGUCCUUGUUGAACAUCAAAAAGUUCACACGGGAGAGAGGCCGUUUACAUGUUCAGAAUGUGGGAAAAGUUUUGCCCAUAAAUCUGUACUACUUCAGCACCAGAGAAUCCACACAGGGGAGAGGCCUUAUUCAUGUUCUGAAUGUGGGAAAUGUUUUGUGAAGAAGUCAGGUCUUGUGAGACAUCAGAGAAGUCACACAGGGGAAAAAUUGUUCCAGUGUUCUGAUUGUGGGAAAAGCUUUGCGCAGAGAUCAGGUCUUGUGAGACAUCAAAAAAUUCACACAGGGGAGAAGCCAUUCUUAUGUUCAGAGUGUGGUAAAUGUUUUGCUGUGAAGUCAAAACUUGUGCAUCAUUUGAGGACUCACAGAAGGUAGAAGAUGUUAAAGGGUUUAUUCACAUGGGGCAGAUUUAUUGCAAAAACAUCUGCAAUAGAAAAUCAGUCCCAGGAAGCGCAUGGAUUUCUGCACCAAAUCUUGUGUGUGUGAAUAAUCCCUUAGUGUGUGUAGUGUGGGCGGCCUUCACUUCCAGACAGACUUGUACCAGCGCCUACAGCUUCAUUACUCACAAGACGUGUGUAGGUAAUUGUCUUCCUACUCACCCCCGGGCUGUCUCGUAGCCGAGUCACCUGAUCAGACGGACUGUCUAAUAUCCUACAGACUAAUAUGGGACUAAGCAAAGGUUCUCCAGGAAUGAGAGCGCUCGGGUCUGCGGCUACGACUUAAGGAUUAAAGGCAUGGAGCAAAAUGUACUAUAAAGAGUAUAUAUGGUGUAUACAGUAUUCACAGAGACUAUAUAUGGUGUAUACACUACUGACAGACACUAUAUAUGGUGUAUACACUACUCACAGGCACUAUAUAUGGUGUAUACACUACUCACAGGCACUAUAUAUGGUGUAUACAGUAUUCACAGAGACUAUAUAUGGUGUAUACACUACUGACAGACACUAUAUAUGGUGUAUACACUACUCACAGGCACUAUAUAUGGUGUAUACACUACUCACAGGCACUAUAUAUGGUGUAUACACUACUCACAGGCACUAUAUAUGGUGUAUACACUACUCACAGGCACUAUAUAUGGUGUAUACACUAUUAACAGGCACUAUAUAUGGUGUAUACACUACUCACAGGCACUAUAUAUGGUGUAUACACUACUCACAGGCACUAUAUAUGGUGUAUACACUACUCACAGACACUAUAUAUGGUGUAUACACUAUUCACAGGCACUAUAUAUGGUGUAUACACUAUUCACAGGCAUUAUAUAUGGUGUAUACACUACUCACAGGCACUAUAUAUGGUGUAUACACUACUCACAGGCACUA